AUGGGCAGAUCGCGCCGAGCUGGACGCAAGGUCCAGCUCAGACGCUUAGCACGAGCAUACGCGACCCCUGGGGUCUUUGACCCCAGGAUCUUUGACCAGCCGUUCGAGCCCCGGCAACCCUCGCUCCCGUGUCAUCCUCCUCCUCCUCCCUUGAACCCUCCGGUUGCCCCCGGGCACCCUCACCCCCCACCACCGUACAGGCCUCCGGACCCGUGCCUGACCAGGACGUGGGCUCCGCGCCCUCCCAUUACCCCAGCGCCUAGGCCUCCAACGGCCAGCCUGGGCAGCGCCCCUCCUGCACCACGAACGGACGCAACGAAGAGGCCACAGCUGAACCUAAGGGCCCUGCAGCCGCGCCAGGCCCCUCCCAAAACGCGUCCCUGCGUGGUGAGGAUAGAGGCCCUGCAUCAGAAGGUCCGGAUCGUCCGACGGCCCAGGAACCCUCGGCGAGAAAGCAAGGAUAUGCCCUCACUGGGCUAA